GACUGUUUCCCUGGUAACGUGGAAUAGGCGGGGUUUCCGACUGUAGGCACAGUGAAGCAUCGGUGCUCAGCUGGCAGCAUCACAGCUCAGAAUGUGCUCGCUGCAUCACGCCCUGAGUGGGAUGGAGGAAAAGGACCACAAAGAGAAGGAUGGCGAGUACACCGGAGAGAUAAAAGGUGGACUCAGGCCUUCAAUGAAACUAGUGGUGAUGGGAAUUAUUAACCAAAAACCCAAGAGCAUUGAGGUGACUGUGUCCCGUAAACCUCAGGAGGAGGAAACUGAGGCAGAUGUUGGUCUCCACCUGAAGGUCACCUUCACGGACAAAGCCAUCCAAAGAAAUGCCCGUCUGGAUGGAAAGUGGGGUCAGGGUGAAAACACCCUCUCGUUUUUUCCAUUCACAGCUGGAGAACCUUUCAAGAUGGAGAUUGUCUGUGAGCACCAGCAGUUUCGUAUCCUGGUGGACGGCCAGCCGCUGUGUGGCUUCACCCACCGCCUCCUUCCUCUCGCCUCCCUCACAGCCUUAAGAGUCAUUGGAGAUCUACAGCUCACCAAGGUGGCAUAGCCACAGAGGAGGAACGAGAGAACAUCCUGAGAGAGUUUACAUCGACCAUGGCAGGAGUAAAGGCCUGCUUCUUGACUGAUAGAUUUAGCCUCAUGAUGGAUGGAUGGAUGGAUGUUGUGUUUCAAUUUCCAAGUUCAAACCUGCCUCGUAAUCACGUGUUAAGACAAAGUGCCUUCACUAUAUUAUCUGUCUGAGGACUUCAAGAGGGUAACUGACUCAAACAG